AUGUCGAACAAUGAUCAAACAAUUCAGUUUCCAGUUGCACUGAAACCUCUCCUAACGGACUUUGUUGUGAAUGUUUUACGCGAGCGAAUUCCAUCGGAACAACUCUCUUCUUAUGCAGUACAAUACUUUUCUGCCAAACAAAAUAGUAAUUCACAUGGAACAGAGCAAACAGGUCUAUUUUUAACAAAUCAAACCAACGAAAAAUCGAAUGAAAGUGUCGCAAAUCUCAGUAAUGAGAAACAACGACGGCAAUCUGUUUGGGGUGGUUCCCCGGAUCCGAAUCGUGACCUAACUGACAAGAUUGUUAUAAAGGACCCGGACGUGUUCGAAAGGUUAUGCCGAAUUGUACAAGAUACUGUCAUUUACGUCGGCGACGAUCCCUCAUUAGUGAAACAAUUUGUCAAAUAUUUAUCACCGAAGAAUGUUCUGAAAAACGAAGAGAUCAUUCGACAAGGUGACGAAGGUGAUUAUUUUUAUUGUAUUGAAUCCGGUAAAUAUGAUGUUAUUGUCAACGGAAAGAAGGUUUCAGAACUUGAUAACAAAGGAUGCUUCGGAGAGAUCGCAUUACUUUACAGUCAACCACGUACAGCGACUGUCAUAGCGACAACUGACGGUCAAUUAUGGUCCAUUGAUCGAGAUACAUUUUCAACUCUGACAGUUUCCUUUGCAAUAAAACAACGUGAAAAAUAUCUGAAAUUUCUUCACACAAUUAACUUUAUUCAAACAUUCUAUUCUCGUGGUUGGCUGAAUGACAAUCGUCUGGAAGAUCUAGCCGAUGCUCUACGCCCACGCUAUUACUCAACCAGCCAGAUAAUCAUUCAACAAGGUGAUACAGAUGCGUAUGAAAUGUUUUUCAUCGAACACGGAUCGGUGAAAGUAACACGAAAGGAAAAAGACGGAUCAAUACGAGAGUUGAAAACAUUGCAACCGGGAAAAUGUUUUGGCGAACUAGCAUUGUUGGAAAAUAAACCGCGUUAUGCAACAGUGACAGCAUUGGAAAAAUGUCGUUUGGCGACGUUAGAUGCGACAUCGUUUGAGAAUUUACUUGGCAUUGAAUUGAAAAUGAAAUUGAAAGAAUUUGUUGAAAAAGAAUACGCAACGGGAACAUAG